AUUGUGUUCCAAGCAGCUCCUUGGAUACGGAUGGAAUCUUGACCAAGUGGAAUGUAAGAUCUUGGGCGCCAAAGGAUGGCAGUGCAGUCGUUCUCUCUCUGAUAUCAGAAAAUGAUAAGAAUUCUUCCUGGAGAAUAAUAGACAUCACGAGAACAGAAGUGCGCACGCUGUUCAUUCAAGGAAGUCGUCGGGAAAAGAGCAACAGUUCGAUUCCGGGCGACGGCAUCCCCCCCGGCUGGAGGGAGUUUCGCGUGACGUCGGACUCCAGGUUCAAGGUCUGGGUGGCGGGCGUGGAGGAGCCGCUCGUGGAUGUGGAGGAUGACGUUCGAGCCGAGAAAGUUGUCGUCAAAGGGAGCAACGUCACCAUCAACUGCAGGGAACCAUUUUUUAUCUGGAACGUCUCGGAGGACCUAGAGACCUACCUCCCUUUGGAAGGUCCAGGGCGCCACGACCUGGCCGUGUUCUCGAAGUUUCCUUCGUCGCCCGUUGUGGCGCUCGGGGACCGGACUCGAGUGCUCAGCUGGGACCCGGAGUUCAACCGGAUCACGACUUUCGCCUCAGAACCGCGAGCGUUGCCUGCUUUCAUCCAACACAACUUCACUCUUAACUGCAGCUACUCNNGUAACCACGGUUGGAAUUCUUCGCAGGCAGGCCAGGACGACAGUGUCGAAGAAUUCGUCUCUCUCCCUGAGGAAGUCGAAUGGAUAUCCUUCCGAGCACGGAAUGGAAAACGAUUUGUUGUCACCUUACUGAAAGCCCAAGAACAAGAAGCAGCAAUGACUCCUAGAAUGCCAGACUGCCAGAAUCCUGUCACACUCAUUCCUGUAUAUAUGAAUGGCGUUUUUGCUGUGGUCUGCGCAUUUUUUGCCGUGUAUAUAUGGCGGUUGAAGAUGGAAAUGAAGUCGCUGAAAGAAACUAACGCAUUUUUAAAUCAGACGGCGGACUCGGCGCAGAUGCCCCUCCCGCCGGCUCUUCCUCAGGAGAAAGCGCCCCUGAACAACCCUCAGGCAACUGGAUAUUAGAGAAGCAGAACAAGAA